CAACCCAAUUCAUAUUCAUAUUUCUCUCCCUUUUCUAAUUUAUUUUCUAAGCCCAACACAUACAACCUUAUAUUCUCCCAUUCAUCAUAACCAAAAACUUUGUCACUGGCUUAUUUAUUCUCUAUUAAUAUUAUAUCCUUUGGGUAUUGUAUUGUAUCGUAUUGCUUUAUACAAAUUCUUAACUCAAUUAGCCUAGCUAGCUAGGUCAUUAUAAAAAAAAUAAAAAUAGUGUUCCUUGAUGGCUGACCAGAAGAAUCAAAACCCGGAUUCAGGAACCAUUAGUGUUGAAUCAGCAAAAGAAAAAAGAAGGAACAAACUUCCCAACUUCCUGCUAUCAGUGAGACUCAAGUAUGUGAAGCUAGGGUACCAUUACGUAAUCUCCAAUGCAAUGUACCUUCUGCUCAUACCCCUUCUAGGCAUAGCUUCGGCUCAUCUUUCAACCCUUUCCAUCAAGGACUUUCUCCAAUUAUGGGAGAAUCUCAAGUUCAACCUUGUCUCGGUAACCCUAUGUUCAAGCCUCACGGUGUUCCUCGCCACCCUCUACUUCAUGACCCGUCCAAGGGGGGUGUACUUAGUAGAUUUUGCAUGCUACAAGCCUGACGUGGAUUGCACGUGCACGCGGGAGAUUUUCGUGGAGAGGUCUGGUCUCACAGGCUCAUUCUCGGAGGAGAACUUGUCCUUUCAGAAGAAGAUCCUUGAGAGGUCUGGUUUGGGGCAGAAGACGUAUCUUCCGCCCGCAAUCUUGAGUUUGCCGCCGCGACCGUGCAUGGCGGCGGCCAGGGAGGAGGCUGAGCAAGUCAUGUUUGGAGCAAUUGACCAGCUGCUGGCAAAGACUGGUGUGAAGGCUAAGGAUAUUGGGAUCUUGGUGGUCAAUUGCAGCUUGUUCAACCCCACACCUUCACUCUCUGCCAUGAUUGUCAAUCACUACAAGUUGAGAGGGAAUGUUUUCAGUUAUAAUCUUGGUGGCAUGGGUUGCAGUGCUGGCCUUAUCUCUAUUGACCUUGCCAAGCACCUCCUCCAGGUCCAUCCCAACUCUUAUGCCUUGGUAGUGAGCAUGGAGAACAUCACUCUGAACUGGUAUUUUGGCAACAACCGGUCAAUGCUAGUCUCAAACUGUCUCUUCAGAAUGGGAGGAGCAGCAAUCCUCCUCUCCAACCGCUCCGGCGACCGCCACCGCGCCAAAUACCAACUAGUCCACACAGUGCGGACUCACAAAGGAGCAGAUGACAAGUCCUACGGCUGUGUCUUCCAAGAAGAAGAUGAGACAAAAAGAAUUGGUGUGGCACUCUCAAAAGACCUAAUGGCUGUGGCAGGAGAGGCCCUAAAGACCAACAUCACAACACUAGGACCCUUGGUCCUCCCUAUGUCAGAACAGCUUCUUUUCUUUGCCACAUUGGUGGCUAGGAAAGUGUUCAAGAUGAAGAUAAAACCAUACAUCCCAGAUUUCAAGUUGGCCUUUGAGCAUUUUUGCAUUCAUGCUGGAGGGAGGGCAGUGUUGGAUGAGUUGGAGAAGAAUCUUGAGCUCUCUGAUUGGCACAUGGAGCCCUCAAGGAUGACACUAAAUAGGUUUGGUAACACUUCUAGCAGUUCCUUGUGGUAUGAAUUGGCCUACACUGAAGCCAAAGGGAGGAUCAAGAAAGGUGACAGGACUUGGCAGAUUGCAUUUGGGUCAGGGUUUAAGUGCAACAGUGCUGUGUGGAGGGCUUUGAGGACCAUCAAUCCUGCUAAGGAGAAAAAUCCUUGGAUGGAUGAGAUUCAUGAGUUUCCUGUUCAUGUGCCUAAAGUGGCACCAAUUGCUUCCUAAAUUAAUCAAACAUCUUUUUCUCUUUUUAGUAUGAUUCUAAAAUUAAAGAAACUUGUUCAUGAAACAGAAGAGAAGAUUGUUAAUUAUUACUCCUGUAGCUUUUCCAGUUUCUUUGGUCUUGUAACAUUGUGUUGAAUUUAAAAGAGUGUGCAUACAGUUAUUCCCCUGUUAUUUAUUUCA